AUUUUUAUCAAAUUUUGUAUCUCAUGAAUAAAUAUAAAUAAAAGUUAUGCGUGUAUUACCUAACCUUUACCAUUUAAAUCAAAACAAUAACAAGACUUCUCUCUUUCCUUUUUUUUAUACUUAUGGAAUAUCACUAUUACCAAACACCACCAAUUUACCGCCCCUCUGCACCUUUGCCACCAUUGUCACCCGAUAUCUCUUCCAACCACUAUUAUUAUGCACCUGCUAGGCAAGAAAGAAGAUACAAGACAGUCAAACGACUCGUCCAAAUGCCUCAAGGAAGACUUGUCUUGAAUUGCCCUGUACCUACUCAAUACCUAGAGCGACAGUUACCUGUGAUCCAUCCGAAUUUCAAUCUAGGUCUUAUACACUCAGACAAGAGUUUAUAA